CGAAGAAGCUGUAACAUCAGGGAACAGAGCUAAGGCUAUUCAAGGUCCCCCACGCGCACUGCAUCCAGAGCGCAGGGGACAUGGGGUUCGAUCUGAUAAGAUAAAAUUAUACUUAUGGUUAUGUGUGUGACUACAUACGGCCUGCCUCCAGGGGGAUUUCUCAGUAUUUUCGACAAACAGUAUGCCGACGCGUCCUAACAGGAAUUGCAGGAAUUACGAGGGGAGCCGAUAUUAGUCAGCCUACAUCAGUAGUUUGGCUAGUAGGUGGUUAUGUACCUAAGCCCGCCACAUAGUUACAUACAUACCUGAGUCGGGGGCUUGUCUCCCAAGCCCCCAGAGGAAAUAGAGCCUAAGUACCUACCUCAUAGCUCAUACCGUCUCCUCACGCCUUUCUUCGUCUCUUUACGCCUCAUAGAACCCGGGAUAUACACUACGCGAAGAGAGACUCAUCCUUCUCAAAACAUCAUGGGCGCGACACGUCAGAUUCUUUGGAUUGUGCCGCUAUUUCUAGGCGCCGCGAUCGCCUCCGGUAUCGCAGCUAGCCAGGGCACCCCGAGCGCGUCGCGUGCCUCUCUGAGCUUGGAGGAAUUGGACGAGAAGCUCCAGUCAUGUGCGGUCGUGCGAGACCUCAAUGCCGAGAAGCUCGCAGCCGCCUCUACAACCUCGACCGUGACGGAGCAGAUCUUCGCGGUCCUCUUCCCCGGUAGCCCUGCCGUGAACGCUCUCCUCGCGACGCUGUACAUCUCGGGACCUCCCAACUUCUUGCUGGCCUUGUGCCCGCCGAACAUCGACCCUUCUUCGCUGUCCGUCAUGGUGGCGUUCGCCGUAGGGGGGUUGAUGGGUGACACGCUAUUCCAUCUACUCCCCGAGAUCUUUCUCGGAGAGGAUAGCCCCGAGCACGUGCGGCUUGUCCUCGUCGAGCCAAACCGAAACCUUCUCCUAGGCGUCGCCAUCAUGGUCGGCUUCAUGACAUUUGUGGCCAUGGACAAAGGGCUACGAAUUGCGACCGGCGGCGAGGGACACGACCACAGCCAUGAGAGCAACUCCCACGGCGCGCAGCCCGAAACCAAAGCCACGUCGAGCUCGGUGGAAGUCUCCCAGACGGAAGCCACGAGACGCAAGAAGGAGGGGGGCAGCGCAACAGCCGACGAGAAGAGGGAGGAGGAAAAGGACAUAAAUCCCAGCGUCAGGCUAGGCGGUUACCUUAACCUGAUUGCCGACUUUACUCACAACAUAACGGACGGCCUUGCCAUGUCGGCGUCUUUCUAUGCGUCGCCCACUAUUGGCGCCACGACUACCGUAGCCGUGUUUUUCCACGAGAUUCCUCACGAAGUUGGUGAUUUCGCUCUGCUCGUGCAAUCCGGCUUCUCUAAGCGAGCCGCCAUGGGAGCGCAGUUCGUCACAGCUCUGGGAGCCCUUUUGGGGACGCUGAUCGGCAUCGCCGUCCAGGAAUUCGGCGGUGGUAAUGGCGUGGACGGCAAGGGCAUCGGCAUGAGCGGCGGUAUCUGGGGCACCAGCCUUACCUACGGCGAUCUGUUGCUCCCCUUCACUGCCGGAACUUUCCUCUACGUCGGGACCGUGGCAGUGAUACCGGAAUUGCUGGAGACGGGACCGCGAAAGCUCGAGGAGCUUCGGAAGACCCUCAUCCAAUUUGCUGCCAUCGCGUUGGGCGCCGGGAUCAUGCUGUAUAUUUCAUGGAACUAAAGGCACUUGUAUCGACGAAGAGUGUGUGUACAGGUCAGCGUGACGCCUUUUACGAGACAUGUUGUUUCAAAGCGUAGCAUGUCUGCUAUCACAUGUAAGGCACCCACAGGGGAGUUGUCUUGUUUUUUUGUUUGUUUGCUAGGCACCUAAUUACCAUCCCACCAGGUUGUGUCAGUCUCGGACGGGUCUGGGCUUUUUUUUUUUUUUU